CAUCCUGUCGACUGUUUACCUGUGUAUGUCCGGAAGUCACAAGUAGGCCCAAUUUGGGUUCAUGACCCGAUUUUGUCGGUGUGAUUGUAAGAACUAUUGUUGAUAUUGUUAAGGUUUCGCCUCAUUGAUGUAUCAUCAGUGUGUAUGACCAAGCAUGGUGAAUGUGAGUCACUAACGGUAUCUGACGGUCAGUGGAAGUGUCUUCAAAACACAGCCUAUCGUUGUGUGACGCAGUGUGUAUUUAUAUCGCCUGGCCCUGGAUCGAGGAGCCUAGCAUUGUACUACAACUACUGUAUGUUUCCCUAAAUGUGUUCUGUCAAAAUACACCAGCAGACGGAGUAGUGUGUUAUCCUAUACAUUAUACUGGAGUAUGGUAUGACGCCGGGACGGUCCUACUGGUCGUAUGUAACUAUGACAUAAGAUUACCCACGUGCUGGCAGUGGACCUCUCGGCACAUUUUGGCGGCAGUUGAUGAGGGUAUGUGAUGAAGACGAAAGUGUUCGCUUUAAUGGGAGGAUUUACGUCUCUGAUGCAGGUCUUCGCCCUGUGCACCCCGUGGUGGGUGAUUGUCCAGAGGGAUGAACGCCGGACAGUGUACGGACUCUGGUACACCCUCUCGUGUGAAGUCUCGCAAGGCGUGUCAUUCUGCAAGACUCUGUACCACCACGCGCCUCACGAAGAGCAUGACGUCAUCAAUGUUGUAUCCAAUUUCCUGGAAUAUGAGAUCGAGACGAUGGUGGGAGUGUGUGUGUGCCUUGCUGCCACAGUCCUUGGCACAAUUUACAGACAGCGUGGAGCCAGCAAAGAUUCCUUGUCGUUUGGCCUGUGCGCGAGUGUCCUCCUUGUCGUUGCAGGUACAACUGUAUGGGUAGCAAUAGGAAAACUGAUAAAGGAGAAUGUUGACUUGGCUGGCCGGGAAACUAUAGACAUUCCGUGGUCACUCAUUAUAUCAGCGCUGUCCAGUACGGUUCCUGUUGUCCUUGCCGCUCUCACCGUGCCCUUACUGCUUACAAACUUCCGUGAACUGAAAAGAGACCGAGUGGCCGCGCGUGCAUUAGAGGACAAGAUACAGUCUAGUACCGCCAACCUGUACACAACGGAUAUCAGUAUGGACCGCCUCCCCGGCUACCACAACAUGGGCACGUCCCUAACGCCAGCUCCUAGCUUCUCCACGCUCGACUCGACAGCCUUUCCCGGGUGAUUCGGUGACGCCAGAGCCAAUCAAAAGUGGCGAGAUUUUCCUGUGAUACACGUACAUUAUGUAUGCAGUAUUUCAAUGUGAUACACACUGUAUAUGUGAAUUGUUAUUAUGUAAUUAUAUAUAAGUCUGUGUUAUUUGUUCGUGUAGAAAUGAUGUCAAACAUCAAUACAUUUGUUUCCCCUAACACUUAUCUGUAACAGAACUUUAGUAUAAGAUAUGUGAAACAUCUGUAACAGAACUUUAGUAUAAGAUAUGUGAAACAUCAACACAAUGUAUUACGUUGGACUAUCUGUAACAGAACUUUAGUAUAGGAUAUGUGAAACAUCUGUAACAGAACUUUAGUAUAAGAUAUGUGAAACAUCAACACAAUGUAUUACGUUGGACUAUCUGUAACAGAACUUUAGUAUAAGAUAUGUGAAACAUCUGUAACAGAACUUUAGUAUAAGAUAUGUGAAACAUCAACACAAUGUAUUACCUAGGACUAUAUGUAACAGAACUUUAGUAUAAGAUAUGUGAAACAUCAACACAAUGUAUU